ACAUUUUCUACACAUUUUUUGGUUUAACUUCAUUGUUAUUUUUUAAAUUCCUUUGGAAAAAAUUUUUCCAGUUUCCUCUUUUUGAAUACAUUCGUUUAUUAGCACGCCAUUUUUUGUGUAUCAAGUGCCCCCACUGACGCUGCUUUGACAAAAACCAGUCUAAAAAAAGUUGCACUUUGAGUGGGAUUUUUUGUCCCAUCUGCUUUUUUCCCUACUAAUUUCUUGCUUUGCUUUGGUCCUCAUCAAUUUAAUCCUUUUAUCCAUUCCCUUUUAAACUUUGAUUUAAUUUUAGUUAAAUAUUUUAGAAAAUUUUUUAAACCUCAUUUUUUAGUUAAAUGGAACUUGAACGACAUUUACUGGCAUCUUGCACUUUGGCAAUAAUUAUUUUUGGAUGUUUUGGAAAUAUUUUAUCGGCUCUUGUAUUUCUUCAGCGCACUUCAAGUAUUAAUAUUUUGUUAACUGCUCUCUCUUUGAUAGAUUUUGGUCUUCUCUUAUUUGCUAUUCCAGUUUUUGUCCUGCCCAACCUACAAAGCGGGGAACUUUUUUAUUCUGAACAAUUUCAAGCGAUUGUGGUCAAAUUUCUUUAUCCCGUCAAUCUUAUUUUUCAGACUUGCAGUAUAUACACAAUUGUUUUGAUUACCGCUGAACGUUAUCUGGCUAUUUGUAGACCUCUUCAUGUUCGCUCUCUUUGCACACCUCGUACAGCAAAGCGGUCACUACUUUUCAUUUUGGGCUUUUCUAUAGCCUACAAUAUUGUGCGCUUUUGGGAAUACACUUUAAUAAAUUCCUCUGAUGGAAGUCUGUCUUUUCAACGAAAUCUACGCAAUCCAAAUGAUCAUCCUUGGUAUAUGCUCGGCUAUUACUCCCUCCUUUUCCUACUUUCUCAUUUUUUGCUUCCUUUUGGAACAAUAAUUUCUUUGAAUGGAUUGCUAGCACACCGUAUUCUACAUUUGCGUUCAAUUCGUGAACAGCUUACUAACAAGCAAUUGAGAGAGCACAACACUACCGCAAUGCUCCUACUUGUCACCCUUUCAUUUGCUUUGUGUAAUGUUCUUCCUUUUCUUUUAAAUUUGGCGGAAUGCGUGCAAAGCGAUCUUUUCGUUAAUGAAAGCUCGGCUUCAACAGCUUUUAUUUUGAAUGACUUGGCUAAUUUUUUGGUGGUUCUCAACAGUUCAACUACCUGGAUUUAUUAUGCCGUUUUUAGUGCAAAAUAUAGAGAAGGCGUUGCUUAUCUUUUUGGCCUACGCACUUUGGAUCGACGCAGGAGUGGAUUGGUAACAAACACAGUGGAGGAACGCUCAAAUUCUGCAUGUUCAAAUUAUAAUUCUGCGACUGGGGGAAUACAGAAUUUUGAACCAAACAAACUUUAG